AAAGAAUUAAACAGGCACUUUCAAAUUCUAGCAAUAUAAAUUCUUUUCAAAACAAAAAAGAUGUAAUUAUUAACAAGGAUAAGAACAACAUUGUUAGAGACAAAAAAAUAAAUGAAUAUAAAUAUAAUAAGUCUUUGAAACACGAGAAAAAUAAAUCUAAAAGGGAUAAUAUAGAAUAUGUUAAAUAUAACAAUAAUGAUUUUGUUAUAAAUAAAGGAGAUACAAGAAAAAAUUAUGAGGAAGAAGAAUAUACUCUUUUGAUUCCGGAGGAUGAUACAAUUAAUAAAAAUAAAAUUAAUCUAACUAAAUAUGAAUAUUGUUAUAUUUGUGACAUGGCCAAGCCUUGUGAAUGUCCAGACAAUUAUUGUCCCUACGAAGAUAAUAACAACUGGAAGUGCAGAACCAUCAAGUCAAAUAUUCACUCCAACUUAACAGAAAUAUCGAAUAUUAUAGAAAAUAUUCAAACGAAUAAAAGGAAAAACGAAAAUCCCACAAUAACCAACAUGAAAAAAAAUCCAAUAAAAAAUAAUCAGACUAUUAUGAAAUAUAAAGAUAAGAAAAAGGAAAUUAAUAAAACUAUGAGUACAUAUGAAAAAUUUUAUCUUGAAAAGAUGAAAGUAGUAAAACAUAAAUUGAAUGAAGUAAAAAAUAAGAGUGACGAAAAUUGGGAUGUGAAUAAAGAGUUAA